CUAAUUUUGGACUGAACUUCUCUAAAUUCAUCUUUCGUUCACGAUCUUGAAUGGGUUGAGAGGUUGAAGGAGUAUUGAGAAGAAGUUUCUGGGUUCGACGGGUUACAAAUCCCCCACAUUAUUCUUCCUUUUUCAGCCGUUCCUGUAAUAUCAGAUUUUUGUUUACCAGUGAAUAGGUAUGGCAGAUAGAGAUGAAGAGUUAGCAAUGCCAAGAGAUGCAAAGAUUUUGAAGUGUUUGUUGAAAUCAAUGGGAGUGGAGGAGCACGAGCCGUGUGUGAUAAACAAGUUUCUAGAGGUGUGGUAUCGUUAUGUUGUUGAUGUGUUAACAGAUGCUCAAGUGUAUUCAGAGCAUGCUGGUAAGUCUGCAAUCGACUGUGAUGAUGUUAAACUUGCUGUUCAGUCCGAGGUUAACUUCAGCUUCUCACAACCACCACCACGUGAGGUUCUUCUGGAGUUGGCUCAAAAUUGCAACAAGAUACCACUGCCAAAGACUAUAGCUGGACCUGGUGUUCCUCUUCCACCUGAUCAGGACACAUUAGUUCGUCCUGGUUAUCAGUUUGCAUUUUCAAACAAAAGACUUGCCGAACCAAUGGAAGAGACAGAAGAUGAUGAUGAAGCUGUCAAUACCAACCCUUCACAGGAAGAGAAGACUGAUAUCCAACUGAAUCCCCACGAAAGAGUGUCAUUUCCUCUGAUAAAACGCCAAAAUGAUUAAUUUUUCUUCCAUUUGUUAUUAAUGAUUCAUUUUGUCUAGCUCAUAACCUCAUUUGUUAUUGUUUACUAUAGUGGUAGUAACAGAAAAGGGGUUGUGGUGUUGAAGUUAA